UUAUGCGUCAUCAAUACUCGACCAAACAGAGUGGAGGCGCGAGUCCAAGGCGCGAGCCUAAAGACGUGAUCUGAAGUCCGAAUAGACAGCUUUGAGCAAGUAUUACGAUAAAGUAUGCCUCAGGUCCGCAUUUUAACUGUAUUGUUGCAGCCAUGACGCAGUCAGUUGUUGUCCAAGUUGGGCAAUGUGGCAACCAAAUUGGCUGCAGGUUUUGGGAUCUUGCUUUGAGAGAACAUGCUCAUGUCAAUAAAAGAGGAUUGUAUGAUGAGGCCCUCAGUAGCUUUUUCCAAAAUGUGGACUCCAGGAAAAAUGAGGGGGUAACCUGUGGCGUCGGUGGCAGAAUCCAACAUCUGAAAGCCAGGGCGGUGCUUGUGGACAUGGAGGAGGGUGUGGUCAACGAGAUCCUGCAGGGCCCAUUGAGAGAAGUGUUCGACAGUGGUCAGCUCCUCACAGACGUGUCAGGUUCAGGCAACAACUGGGCAAUUGGACACAUGACGUAUGGUUCAGCCUACAGGGAACAAAUAGUGGAUAAGCUGAGGAAGGCAGCAGAACACUGCGACUGUCUGCAGUGCUUCUUCCUCAUUCACUCUAUGGGAGGAGGUACGGGCUCUGGCUUGGGGACCAGAGUGCUGGGCCUACUGGAGGAGGAGUUCCCUGAGGUGUGCCGAAUUGUCACCUCCAUCUAUCCGUCUGCGGAGGAUGACGUCAUCACAUCUCCCUAUAACAGUGUCCUGGCCAUGAGUGCCCUCACAGAGCACGCUGACUGUGUGUUGCCUGUUGAAAACCAGUCGUUGGUCGACAUUGUGAACAAGAUCAAACGUAUGUCUCACUGUGGAAAGCUAGGGUCAGUGAUCAAGACAGACAGCACCAUCAUCUCUGGGCAGGGUGGCUCCAGUGGGUCAGAGAAGCCCUUUGAUUCCAUGAAUAACAUUGUGGCUAACCUGUUGCUGAAUAUUACCAGCUCAGCUCGUUUUGAGGGAUCUCUCAACAUGGAUCUGAAUGAGAUCGCCAUGAACCUGGUUCCCUUCCCUCGUUUACACUACCUCGUUCCAAGUCUCACCCCUCUAUACCCGCUGGCAGACGUCAGUGUUCCAACCAGAAGACUGGAUCAGAUGUUCAGUGAUGCCUUUAGUAAAGACCACCAGCUCAUACGAGGUGAUCCAAAGCACAGCCUCUACCUGGCCUGUGCCCUCAUGCUUAGGGGCAAUGUGCAGAUGUCAGACCUCCGCAGGAACAUCGAGAGACUGAAGCUGUCGCUGCCCUUUGUUUCGUGGAACCAGGAAGGCUGGAAGACAGGCCUGUGCUCAGUGCCUCCUGUGGGUCACUCCCAUUUCCUGUUAGCCCUGGCCAACAACACCUGUGUGAAGGCCACAUUCAUGGAGCUGAGAGAACGCUUCACUAAACUCUACAGGAAGAAGGCUCACUUACAUCACUACCUGCAUGUAGAAGGGAUGGAGCAGAACAUGUUCUCAGAGGCCAUUAGCUCUCUCAGCUCUCUGAUUGAAGAGUACAACCACCUGGAUGGCACAAAGGGAAGACUCAUGCCUGAUGCACACAGACUCAGCAUUGCCAGAUGAAGGUCCCCUCUUGUGGUGUCGCUGAUGGUCUUCCUCUGUCUGCUGUAUAGCGUUGAUUAUCUUUCAAAAAUGACUUCACACAACAAAAUCUUUUGUACAUACCUUUAUAAGUUAUAUAUCACGAUUGCCUUAUUUGUGACCUGAUUGAAUUGUGAAAAAAUAAGCAGGAAAACAGUUCCUGCACUGGCCACGUU